GCGAAAACCAGUGAAUAGGUACGCGGCUACAUUUGCCUGCAGUCAUGGCGAACUUGACGGACGUAGCGACGCCGCAGCAGUUUGAGGAGCUACUAAAAAAGGCCGGCAGGUCUCUCACAGUUGUCCAUUUCCAUGCACCAUGGGCUCCACAGUGCUCUCAGAUGAACGAUGUGAUGGAGGAGUUAGCCAAGGAGCACAAACAUACCAUGUUUGUCAAGCUGGAGGCUGAAGCAGUCCCUGAGGUGUCUGAGAAAUAUGAGAUCAGCUCAGUUCCUACGUUCCUCUUUUUCAAGGGCGGCGAGAAGAUUGACAGGCUGGAUGGCGCACAUGCCCCUGAGCUGACCAAUAAGGUGCAGCGGCUGGCGUCCAGUGGGGGAGGGCCUGCCGGGGUGGGGGACGUCCCUAAAGAGGAGCUUAACGAGAGACUGAAGAAACUCAUCAACGCUGCGCCCUGCAUGCUGUUCAUGAAGGGAUCGCCGCAGGAGCCACGUUGCGGCUUCAGCAGGCAGAUAGUGCAGAUUCUGAAGGACCACAACAUCCAGUACAGCAGCUUUGAUAUCCUAUCUGACGAGGAGGUUCGGCAGGGGCUGAAGACCUACUCCAACUGGCCCACCUACCCUCAGGUGUAUGUUAGUGGAGAGCUGGUUGGAGGGCUGGACAUUGUCAAGGAGCUGGUUGCAUCUGGCGAGAUUGAGAAUACCUUCCCCAAGACUGUCACACUGGAACACAGGUUGAAAUCUCUCAUAAACAAAUGUCCUGUCAUGCUCUUUAUGAAAGGAAAUAAAGAGGUCGCCAAAUGCGGAUUCAGCCGUCAGAUUCUUGAAAUAAUGAACAGCGUGGGAGUUGAAUAUGACACCUUUGAUAUUCUUCAGGAUGAAGAGGUUAGGCAGGGCCUAAAGGCGUAUUCCAACUGGCCAACAUAUCCACAGCUUUAUGUAAAAGGGGAACUCAUCGGAGGCCUGGAUAUCAUCAAGGAGCUGAAAGAGAACGGUGAGCUGGAGUCAGUGCUCAGAGGAGAGAACUAAGAGAAGAGAUGGGAACAAAGUUACGCCAAAAGUCUCUGCUGCUGUAAUCAGAGGCAUCCUAGAGGUCACAGGGGGACAACCCGUUGUAUUCCAGCCAGUUUAUUUCUUUUUGGAGAUAAGAUGAACUAAUGUGGAGAUGCAGUGUUGUUGUGCAGGAUCCACCAGUGAAUUGAGAAAUGAUUGCUGCAAAUCUAAUAAAGCCAUUGCCUCUGUUAGAAGUGAA